AGUUCCACGUUCUCCACAAAACCCAACGUAGGUGAAAAAAAGAGGGAACGUAAAUCAUUAUUUGUACUAUACAUUGAGAAUAUAGGCUUACUCGAGAAGGAAACUACUUUGAUUAACUAUACUUUAUUAAUUUUUGCCUCUUAAGUGUGAGUAAAUAAGGAAGUCUUAAGUUUGCAGAAGUUGUUAUCAAAGUGGGUGUUGUAUUCACCUUGGAAUUAAUGCGAAACUGAAAUCUGAAAAUGGGAAGCCAUCCAGAACACGUGGAACCUUCAAUCAAAUCCAAAUUUACAGUACUAUUUGAGAAAAUAAAUGAACCGAACUAUGUUAUGGAUAGCUACUACUCUGAUAACUUGAUCAAUAAGUUAAUUGAAACCAGAAAGGAUAACAACUAUAUUUGUGUACUAUCACAUCUAUUGGGUGAACCAAUACAGAAUUUGAAUAGAUAUCAUAUAUCAGUGCAAGUUUUCCUCAUCAGAUCCCUGGGCUUUGUAUGUAGCAAAGAACUGUUCUUUGCCAAAUUAAUACAUCACAUCAAUGAUACGCUAAGGAAAGGAUACACUAAUCUUGGGUCCCCUACUAUGAACCCGAGCCUCAGCGUUGCAUAUCUAGAAGUUGCCUUGUCCCUGGUAGAGCACUACACCAGCCUAUACUGGCUGCUAGACAGUGGCAUGUGGAAAGAAAUCCUUCGUGCCAACGAGUCCAAAACAGUAUUUGUGACAAGGCAGAAAUAUAAGUUUGUAUCCAGACUCGUUUGGAGAUUAAAUGGAUUGGAAGAUGAAGCUAAUUUAAAACAAGUGCUGACUUUUAUACUGAAACCACUGAUUGAGACAGAAAUUGUGAUAACAGAGUCAAUAACUACAGACGAGGAGGAGUUAUCCGCCAAGCAGUUUGAACCAAUGCUUCACAUGCUCAACUCUAUCAUGAAUGAUUACAAGGAGCUGUCCAGAUCAUCUCUUGUCAUUAACAUGCUCCUGACACACUUCAAAGUGGUCAAUCAAAUGUAUGUAUUGCUAGACAGAUACCGCAAAGAUAGUUUGACUUCACCGAGUGCUAAAUUAAUCUUUCGUUUGAUCCUGGCUAAAAUUUUCAACACCAAACCAAUGACCGACAACUCUACACACACUGCUGAAGAUUUUAUCGAAACUAGCGCGGCCUAUUUCAAUACUGUAAAUGUGUUCCUACAAAGACGGAAUCCUAUGGCAGUUUUAGACUAUUGCUAUUCUUGCAAUGAAAUUUGGAAUGCAACAUGGGACAAGAAAAUACCAAGAAUAAACACAUUAAAUGGCAAAAAGGUGGAUUUGCAGAACAAAAUGUUGUUCUUAUGUCUCGUGCCAGCUAUUUCCUAUAUAACAAGAUAUAUGCCGGAUAAUGCUUUUCAAAUGGCUGGUAACAUUCAGGACUAUAUGAUGAAGCUUAUUAAUGCAAGUUGCGAGCACACGGCCAAGACCGCUUGGGCUCUGUCACGUCUUAUCUUGGAGCUGGACACAGAAACCAUCGUCCUGCAGAGCGUUAAAAGGCUGGCCAGCUUGAACAACUCUAUGAACAACGAACAGGCUAACUUAAUGUUCCAAGGUCUAUUCUACGUACUCAAGCAGUUCGACCCCAUGUCGGAAGGCCAUCACAAGAAGUGUCCGGAAGCCAUGUUCCAGGAAGACCAGGAGAACCUUUUCCUGUACACAUAUGCCCUAGAAGCUGUCUUGCUUCUGGUGAAGAACUAUGAUAUCAACUGGCAGGAGAGCUUGGAAAUUAUUUGUUUGUACAAUGUGGUCUUCAAUAUACUGCAGAAAACAAAUUUAUCCAGUAAGGGCGGCGCCACAGUCAUGCAUGAAAAGACGAUCGGAGACACGUCCAAGGGCUUGGUAGUUCUGCGUAUGGAUAAAAAAACGGACCAUUUGGAAAUGGAAAAUUUCGUUCCUCAUACAAACUACAAAAUUAAGAGAAGUGGUGGAUUCAAAGAUAAUUCAGGAAUUCUUAAAAAUAAUUACAGUGAAGUGACCAUGGGCAAUCGAUCAAAAUCUGUCGAAAGUGUAAUUAAAAUGAAGUUUAAAUCAUUAUUCGAAAAAAUAAAUGAACCUAAUUAUGUGAUAGAUAACUUCUACUCCGAUAAUUUAAUUAAUAAACUGUUGGAGAAUAAGCCAGAACUCAAUGUUACUUGUAGUGUAAGAAUCCUACUCGAGGAACCCGUACGUAACCUGGAACGGUACCAUGUCUCGGUGCGGGUGUUCCUCGUCAGACUUCUGGCUUUGGUCGUCAGGGAAGAACUAUGUUUCGCGAAAGUUAUACAUAACAUUAACGACCCCUUAGCCAAAGCUUAUCAAACCCUUGAAUCUCCCACAAUGACCCCAAGUCUUCGUGUGGCCUACCUAGAAGUCGCACUUGCUAUAAUAGAGCACAAUACCGGCUUCUAUUGGCUCCUUGAGAGUGGCAUGUGGAAAGAAAUCCUUAGCAUUAACGACCAGUCCAAUACAGUAUUCGUCACAAGACAGAAGUACAAGUUUGUGUCCAAACUUGUUUGGAGAUUGAACGCCUUGGAAGACGACGAUAACGUUAGGCAGGUGCUGAAUUUUAUCUUGAAACCCUUGGUGGAGACAGAUAUCGAGGUAACCGAGUCUAUGAAACCUGACGAGGAGGAAGAAGCGUCCAAGUGGCUGGAACCGAUGCUCCUCAUGUUGGUGUCCAUAACUAACGAGUACAGCGAGCUCACCAAGUCAUCUCUGGUCAUAAAUGCACUGCUGAACCACUUCAAACUGGCCAACCACCUGUGUGUGCUUUUAGAUAGAUUCCGAAAAAACAGCCUUACCUCACUCCUAGCCAAUCUAAUUUUCCGCAUAUACCUCGCCAAAACUUUACACAACAAGCCAUUAGCUGACGACACGGUAUACCGAAGUGAAGAUUUCGUGGAAACCACGGCAUCGUAUUUCAAUACCAUACAUUACUUUACAAUUAGGCGUAAGGCAAUGAUGGUCCUCGACUUUUGCUAUUCGUGCAAUGAAUAUUGGAAUGGAUUGUGGCGCGACAGGAAGCCGUUAACGAUUAUAAUGGAUGGUAAGAAGGAGAACUUGCAGAACAAGGCGUUGUUUAUGUGCCUCGUGCCGCCGAUCUGCUAUGUGACCAGGCGUUGGCCGAAGGCGGUGCGUUACGGCGAGGGGUGUAUCCAGGAUUAUAUAAUGAAGCUCAUAAAUGCGAGUUGCGAGCACACUGCUAAGGCAGGUACCUUACUAUCCGAUCUUGUCUUGGAGUCCGACGUAGAAGCAAUAGCCCUGAAGACUGUCAAGCGACUGUCCAGUUUAAAUAACUCCAUGAACAAUGAACAGGCUAAUCUAAUUUUCCAAGGGCUCUUUUACGUAAUAAAACAUUUGGACCCUGACCCGGAACACUUUGAAUACCGCUUACCGUCUUCAGAUGCCAAAUUACAAGAAGACCAGGAAAACAUGUUCGUAUACUCGUAUGUCAUAGAAGCUAUCCUAAAUUUGAUAAAAGAAUUUCAUAUAAACUGGCACGAGAGCUUGGAAGUCAUUUGUUUGUACACUGUCGUGUUUCGUAUAAUGUCGAGACCGAAUUUACCCUGUAAGUUCAUAGUAACGGCCCUAAACGUGAUAACGGUGACAGUGUGCAAAUUCCUGCCGCCCAACCUGUCACUGUUAAUGGAGUCGAAGCCCGGCUCAGCCAUGCACGACCUCGGGCGUCUCAUCUACAUGAAGAUGCACGACUUGCACUGGGAGGUGCGAGAUUCAGCGCUCGAGCUACUACUCGUGGUCACCGAGAUCUCUUACGUCAAAUUCCCGCCAUUCCAAAAGCAGAUAAUCGAGAACGAACUAAUCGUAGUAGCUACAGCAGUAGCGCUGAACGACCAUGAGUUCUACGUGCGCGCGUCCGCGCUGCGCUGCCUCGGAUCCGCCUGCAAGGUAUCCACCGUGUGGGAGCAGCUCAAGACCAAACACCCUGAUAUACAGGUACCUACAAUAGAGAUCGUAGUAGCUACAGCAGUAGCGCUGAACGACCAUGAGUUCUACGUGCGCGCGUCCGCGCUGCGCUGCCUCGGGUCCGCCUGCAAGGUGUCCACCGUGUGGGAGCAGCUCAAGACCAAACACCCUGAUAUACAGAUAGAGAUCGUAUUAGCUACAGCAGUAGCGCUGAACGACCAUGAGUUCUACGUGCGCGCGUCCGCGCUGCGCUGCCUCGGGUCCGCCUGCAAGGUGUCCACCGUGUGGGAGCAGCUCAAGACCAAACACCCUGAUAUACAGGAUUCCCUGCUAAACAUUCUAUGCAACAACCAAGAAGGCAUAGUGCGCAAGGAAGCAUGCAACGUCCUCUGCGAGAUGUACCUCAACCUGAAGCUGUGCCCCGAGUUCAAGCAGGCCCUCUACGAGCAGAUGGUCUCCUCCGCCGUCAGCGACUUCCACUGGGAGGUGCAGCUCGCCGCCCUCAAGUUCUGGAAGAUCGUCAUCCACAACAACCUCUGCGAGCAGGGCAUGCUCGACGGCACCUUCCCACCCGUCACCUUCUCCAAAGAAUCCAGAAAAAUCGUCACCCUCAACAAGGCAGAAAUACAGAGGAGACUCUUGAAAAUCUUAGACGAACUCUCCGCGAAAGGCUGCCUAACUGUCUUAUCCAAACUAUUACACGAGGACACAGAAGUCGAAAUUAUGGACGCGAAUUUAGCUAUCGCUCUGAACCUUCUGGAUAUUCUAAAGCGGUACGAGGUACCCGAGUGUGUGAAGCGCGUCGAAGGCGAACCGCGGACCAUGCAGGAGUAUUAUACGGAGACCAAAGAAGAUGCAAUGGACCAGGAAGACGUUAUCAUCAAAACGGAGGAUGCUCAGUCGGAUAACGUUAUCGAGGGCAUUAUAAACGCUGAUGACAUGAACCUGCUCGCGCACAUAUAUGAACGACAUAUGAAAUUGCAAAAUGACAAACCUGAACUACAACCCAAACCGAUGAUCAAGUUAUUACGGUAUGUGAAGCCUUAUUUGUUUGUGAAUCAUUUGAUGAGCAAAGACUUCAAGGCGGUUAUAGAGUACAAGAAACAGUGGAGGAAUGGGAUACGCAGCGUGGAGUCGCUGUUGGACGACGUGUUAGGCAUUUACGAGGUUGGCAACGAUGUAAAUAAUUUGGAUUGCUAUUGAGAUUAUAUUUUGUUAUCUAAGCAUACUUUUAGUAAGUAUACAUUCCGUAAGGAGUGAUUGUUAUAAAUAAAAUGUAGGUAUACAUUAAAAUAUAUUUUUAUUGAUCUU